AUGAUAAUACAGGCGGCAGUCGGACAUGGCAAGGAAUUACGUAUUACUUGGGCCCAACCUCCAGAAUGGCAUUUGAAGUUUAGUGACCGGCUCAUGCCUUCCCGUUCAACACUCGAUUACGUAAGACGGCAUAACCCAUCAGAGAUAGACAGUAUCAGUUUAAAAAUUUCAGACAAAAUACCCUGGGACAAGUUGCCUAGAAAGACAGUGCUGUUGGUAUUGGAAUGCACAGAGGGAUAUGACAAUCCUGAAUUUAUUUCAGAAAUCAAUCAAGGCUUCGUCGGACGAUAUCUAAAACUGACUAAAUAUUUGAAGAUUUCGGACUGUUUCAUCCAAGAACUUAAAUCUGAGACUUUCCGAAGACUAGAGAGACUAACAACGCUUGAAAUUACGAGUAAAGAUUUACUACACCUUCACCCUGAUGUGUUUCAGCCGCUUAAAAGUUUGAUAUGGAUAAAUUUUCAGGACUGUAACAUUGAAUCUAUUUCCAGUGAAUUAUUCUGCGCUAACCCAAAACUUGCGUUUGUGUCAUUUCGAAAUAAUAACAUCAGAGAUAUUUUUGGAGUGAGAUCAACUCAGAAUGUCACGUGUAAUGCGGGGACGCUGAAUUCGUUUUCAUUAGAUGGAAACAAUAUCGGUGACCUCACAAACGUUAAUUUUGAAUCAUUUAAACUGAAUGGGAUUCUUACGCUGGCUAACAGCUCGAUUCGUGCUUUAUCCAGAAAACCUUUCGAUGGGCUAUCAGAUGUAUUAACAAUUGAUCUUAAACGAAAUUUUAUCAGGCAUAUACCCGAUUAUGCAUUUUCAUCACUUAAUACGACACUGCAGUAUAUGAAUUUUGGAUACAAUCGACUUCAGACUAUUGAUGUCUCAAAGACCUUUAGUGGACUGAAACUAGAAACACUGCAUCUAGAAAAUAAUAAUAUCACGUCAUUAACAGGACGGCUGUCAGAUCUGAGGUUUUUAGAAGAACUGUACCUGCAGAAUAAUGCCCUAAGGAAAGUAUCAUAUGAAACGUUUGGCAAUUUAGCUUUUUUAGAUACACUGAACCUGACUCAUAAUAACAUUGAAGUCGUAGAGGCGGGUGUAUUUGACAUUUCAACAAAUCUCAGGAAGAUUUAUAUCGCAGGAAAUAAGAUAAAGGAUUUACCAGACGGUAUUUUUGAUGGAGCAUCAAGAUUAACGCAUUUAUAUAUAAAUUCUAACAAUAUCGAAUCACUCGACGAAAAUAUAUUUGCAAAGUGUAAGAAUUUAGAAUGGAUUGAAAUACAAAAUAACAAACUUUCCAACGUCAGCCGCUUGGUUUUCGCGUCAACGAAGAUAAAUUUUAUCAAAAUUGAACACAAUAAAUUCACUUCAGUGCCAGUGUUUACAAGACCUGGGCUGAGCACCGAUUGCUUUAAUUUUUCAAGACUACAUCAAAUUAAGGCUCGCUAUAAUGCGAUGUCUUUUUUUGACACAACUUGCCACAAGGCUUUACAAAAUCUCGACCUCAGUUAUAAUUUACUGUCUGAUAUCAGUAAUUUUGGUGCAUUGCAGAAUAUAGUAAAGUUAUUUCUCCGCAACAACAGAAUAAAGACUUUACCGACGGAAGCUAUGAAAGGUCUUUGCACUAAUUUAGAAAUGUUAGAUGUCGGAAAAAAUUUGAUAGAAACAAUAGACAAAGGAACAUUUUCAAACUGCCUUAAAUUGGAAACACUUAAAUUAGAUGUCAACAGUUUGAAAGUGUUUGAACCUCUGUAUCAAGCGUCAUUUCGAGACCUGAGGCUCGCAUGGAAUCCCUUAACUUGUGACUGUACAAACAUGCGUCUUAUCAACUGGCUUAACACCAGUAGUACAGUUCAUAUAGACCAUUUCAAGUGCGAAAACGGAGCUGAAUUAAAGUCUUUCCGAUUGGACAAUUGUACUGCCGUUUACGUUUUUAACUGGAAACCUCUGGUGUUGAAAAUAGUCAUACCGGCUUCAUCUAUUUUACUACUUGCUGGUAUAAUUGCAAUCGUUAUUUUCAAAUUCCGGUAUGAAUUUCAGGUUAUAGCAUUUUACAGAUGGAAUAUAAGGUUUAGAUGUUUUUGCAUGAAUAAGGCUGAAGACUAUGUUGAAAGGAAGUACGAUGCAUUUAUAUGUUUCGCCGAAGAAGACGUUUCCUUUGUGAAAACUAGAUUGAUACCUAUACUAGAGCCGAAAUAUAAUAUUUGCAUAUACUAUCGGGACUUUCCAGUGGGAGAGGACAUCGCCGAAUCUAUUCUUGAUACUAUUGACAGAAGUGGUGUAAUCAUCCUCUUACUUUCUGAACACUUUAUGAACAGCAGAUGGGGUACGUUUGAAUUUAGGAGCGCGCACUAUGCGGCGAUUCGAAAGAAGAACAAACGUUUACUUAUCGUUGUAAUGAAUGAAUCUUUUCUCAAAAUGAAAAUGGAUCUAACACUGAGAAGUGUUCUGUACACGAAAUCAUACCUCAGAGCAGACGACAGGCUGUUUAAGGAAAAAAUGAUACACUCAAUGCCUGACGAACCGGUUACAAACAAAGCCGAGAUAGAUUUGAAUAUUGGUGAAAAUCCGGUUGUCUCCUAUGGAGCCACAAACACUACUUAUAUGAACUGCAAUGCCAAUCAUGUAAAUAUUGUUGCAGACUACAUUGCCAAUAAUGUAAAUAUUGUUGUAGACUACAUUUCCAAUCAUGUAAAUAUUGUUGUAGACUACAUUGACAAUCAUGUAAAUAUUGUUGCAGACUACAUUGCCAAUCAUGUAAAUUGUGCUGCAUACUACAUUGCCAAUCAUGUAAUUAUUGUUGCAGACUACAUUGCCAUUCAUGUAAAUUGUGCUGCAUACUACAUUGCCAAUCAUGUAAAUGUUGUUGCAGAUUACAUUGUCAAUCAUACAAAUUAUGAUACAGACUACAUUGCCAGUCAUGUAAAUAAUCUUGCAGAUUACAUUGUCAAUCAUAUAGAUGUUGUUGCAGACUACAUUACAAAGCCAGUCAUGUAA